UAGUGAGAUGAUCGCAAGUGAUCUAAAACUUGCUAUCAGUUUACUAAUUUGAGUCUUAACAUCUGUGGGGGCAAACCUAUUUUUUUUUUGUUGGUAUUCAAAUCUUAUCUUAUUAAUUGUGCUUACCACCCUGAUGUCAGCGUAAUAAGGUAGUAAAGUGGAGUAUGCAUCCGAUUAAAUUUUGACCUGGGAUCCAGCGAUUACCCAGAUAACGGUUGCGCCAUAACAAAGCAUUCAAUCAAAAACACUCGUAUCGAAAGAGCAAAGACUACAAGUUUCACUUAUAUUUAUGAAGAGCCAUCGGCUGUUUUAAAGUCAGUAAGCGGUCGGUGCUCUUGGCGCGCAGUUCGCAGGUUUUCUAAAUCUAGUUGUUAUGGCCUCUUCCACUUCGGUUAUCCCUACCACCGUAAAUCCCGAUCUGCAGAAGGAACGAGAUGCAGCCAGCUUUAACAGCGAAGAAUUCGCCGCUUGGUGGGCGGGGGGCGAGGAAGUGCUAAAGUUCAACCGCGGCGUUCGUGAAUAUAUGGAGAAGGAUGUGGAUUUGUCGGAGAUGCUGCAGCUGCAAAACAAAACCCACGAAGAGAUCAUCGAGUUUUCCACGCGUGGAGCAAUCGAAGGCGCCAAGAAGCUACGCCGCCUGCAGGAGGAGCGCAAUCCUGGCGGAGAUGUCUACUGGCCGAAUUUGUAUGACGCUCAAGUGAUGUGGGGUCUCGUUCCCGGUGGCAAUCCUUUUGGUGUGAUGUACGUGAUGCUGGUGAAAGCUCUGCAGGCUCAGUGCACUCCGGAGCAGUAUGAAGAAUUCGGCAAGCGGGUGGAACUCUUCGAGAUUUGCGGCACCUAUGCCCAAACGGAACUGGGUCAUGGAACCUACCUGCGCGGGCUGGAAACGCGUGCUGAUUUUGAUCGAAAGACUGAUCAAUUUGUACUCAACACCCCCAAUAUUUCCUCCUACAAGUGGUGGCCCGGAGGCUUGGGCCACAGCUCCAAUCACUGCCUGGUUAUGGCUCAGCUGUACAUCGACGGCGACUGCAAGGGUCCGCACAUGUUCUUUAUUCAGGUGCGUGAUGAAGACACCCACGAACCACUGCCCGGCGUCCACAUCGGUGAUAUUGGCAAGAAAAUGGGCUUCAUUGGCGUAAACAAUGGUUUCCUUGGAUUAAAGAACGUACGGAUUCCUCGUACGAGAAUGCUGAUGCGACAUGCUCAGGUGAAGGCUGAUGGAUCCUAUGUUAGUAGUCCCACCAAUGUGCUUACCUACUUUGCCAUGGUCCGCACGCGUUGUGUAAUUGCCAAAAACAAUGCCGUGAUGUUGGCUUCUGCUGCCACCAUUGCAACCAGAUACUCGGCUGUGCGCCGUCAGAGCCCAAUUAAUCCCAACGAACGAGAGCCUCAGAUCAUGGAUCAUGUUACACAACAAAUGAAACUCUUCCCAGAGAUUGCCACAAGCGUGGCAUACCGAAAGGCCGGUGAUUACUUGUGGAAUCUGUACGAUGUGACCAUCGAGGAUAUAGAAAACGGAAAAUACGAACGUCUGCCGGAGUUGCAUUCUCUGUCCUGCGCUUUGAAAGUUACCUGCUCCAUGGACUCCGCUUCUGGUGUAGAGAAAUUGCGACUGGCCUGUGGUGGUCAUGGAUUCCUCACCUCAUCCAACAUGAGCAGUAUAUACGUUAGUGCCACCGCAGCUUGCACGUAUGAGGGUGAGAACACCGUACUGCUUCUGCAGAUCGGUCGCUUUUUAAUGAAGACGUGGCGAGCCGCGUUGACUGGAGCUCCGUUGCCGCCCACCGUUCGCUAUUUGGCCGAGGUGCAAAAGAAUCCGGAGUUUGGCACCUGGACUGGAAGUUGGGAGAACAUGGUUAAGGCCAUGCAGUAUGCAGCUGCCAAUAGAACACAGUUGGCAUUCAGGAGCCUUUCCAAACGUAUGUCAAGGGGCGAAACUGAAGCGAACGCAGCUAAUCACACGGGCAUUGAGUUCACCCAGGCGGCAGAGCUCCACGGACGUGCUUUUGUUUUCAGUGCUUUCUAUGAAGCAGUCACCGGUCCUCAAUCUAAGACGCGCUCAGCUAACUUCAAUCGAGUCCUGGAGAACCUGUUGGAGCUGUACCUAGUCAAGGAGACACUUAAUCAAAUGGGUCACCUGCUGAGAUUCAUUAACUUGACCGAUACGGAUCUCUCCGGGCUGCAGGAUCGCUUGGAAACAGUGCUCACCAAACUGCGACCAGAUGCUGUGGCCAUUGUGGAUGGCUUUGACUUCAGCGAUCUGCAGCUGAACUCCACUCUGGGCUCUUACGAUGGCAAUGCCUACGAGCGUAUCUUCGAUGCGGCCCUCAAGAAUCCGAUGAACCAAAAAGCAGUGCCUAAGUACUUCCAUGAGAUCCUGAGGCCGUUCAUGAAGUCAAACAUCUAGUGCCUUGGACAGCUGUUUAUUAAACCACCUAUCUAGAGUUAGGCUCAAUGUAAUGUAUUGUAAAUACCCCAUAUGUAUUGGUGUUUUGUAUUAUUUUUGUAAAUAAUACUCUUUAAUAAUAUAGACCCAACAUAUACCGCUCUUU